UUCUGGCAGGAGCUGAAGAAGACAGCUGUGUUUGGUGUGGUAUUUUUAAACGCAUCAAUGCUGCUCCAAUCCCCGCGCCUCGCCUGACCUAUUUUUAGCCAGGGCUGGCCAUUGUUCUAUUUCUGUCACCUGUGGGCCACGCAGUUGUUGAUUCACAUGCAAAUGAAGCUUGCUCCCUCCCUGGCUUUCGUUACUGCCUCAGCGAGGUGCUCAGUGCACAGUACACGGCUUUACUUGCAACUCAGCUUUACAUUUUUCUCAGUCUCUGCUCAGACACUUUGCUGAGGAGAGAAAAAGCCACAGACUGGAGAGAAAUAGAGAGAGAAGCAGAUAAGAAAAAAAAGCUGGACUUGCCAUCUUCUCCUAAAACUGUGUUAGUGUUUGGAUCAGACUGAAGCAGGACACCGGGAGAGUGGCAGCCCUGCAGUGUGCAGUUUCUGUUAUUGCUCUACAGUGCGAGUGGUUUAUCAGACAAGGAGGCACAGGGAGGGAGAGAGCUGCUUGUUGUCGUGGUCUCUCCCCUGAGUGGCUUAGGGGUGGCUCUUGGUGACAGGAAACGCAAGGCUUGCAAUGAGACCUGAGCGCUGAGUGGAGUAUGCUGCAGACGAUUUACGAGGGCGAGUCAAGUUUCUCCACAACAGAACGGCGCGUUGGACACCAGCAGCUCCCCUACCAGAGCAAGAUGCACAACGUGAACAACUCAGUGGACAUUAAGCCAGACGUGCCAUUGGCUGUGGAGCCCUUAUCUCCGUUGGAUCUGCGCACUGAUCUGAGGAUGCUAGGGCCAGGCUCGGACCCGGGACUGUGGGAGAGGCAGCUGCAACAGGAGCUGCUCCUCAUUCAGAAGCAGCAGCAGAUCCAGAAGCAGCUACUUAUCAGCGAGUUCCAGAAGCAGCAUGAGAAGUUGACCCGUCAGCACCAGGCUCAGCUCCAGGAGCACCUCAAGCUCCAGCAGGAGCUCCAGGCCAUGAAACAGCAGCAGGAACUUGCAGAGAAGGAGCGUCGUCUGGAGCAGCAGCAGCAGCAGCAGCAGAACCAGCAGGAGAAGGAGCAGGAGAGGCAUCGGCGAGAGCAGCAUGUUUCCAGCCUGAUCCUCAGGGGCAAGGAGCGCUCCCGAGAGAGUCUCACAGGUGCGGUGGCCAGUACCGAGGUGAAGCAGAAACUCCAAGAGUUUCUGUUGAGCAAAUCAGCAAAGGACCCUGCCAGCAAUGGAGUGAAUCAUUCUUUCAUCCACCACCCAAAACUCUGGUCCUCUCACCACACAUCACUGGACCAAAGUUCUCCACCUCUGGGCGGCACAUCCCCCACCUGCCAGUACACUCUGCCAUCACCCAUAGAGAGCAAGGACGACUUCCCCUUGAGGAAGACAGCCUCUGAGCCCAACCUGAAGGUACGAUCCAGGCUGAAGCAGAAGGUAGCAGAAAGAAGGAGCAGCCCGAUGCUCAAGAGAAGAGAUGGAAACAGCAUGACUCCUUACAAGAAGAGGGCUCUGGAGCUAAUGGACUCUACGCCCACUAACAGUGCCCCUGGCUCCGGCCCCAGCUCUCCCAUAGGGGCCUCCAGUGCCUUGGGGGCUGAAAAUGGACCCUCAUCUCUGCCUACUACCACAAAAACUGAGAGAUGGCCUUCACAGCCGAGAUUAUUCCGACCUGAGGGCUCUGUGUCGAUGCUGAGCUUAUACACAUCUCCCUCCUUACCCAACAUCUCCUUCGGGCUUUCAGCUGCUUCCUCACCCAUUAGUGCCAUGGGGUUGAAGGACAGAUCGACAGAAAUCAAGCCUGGGCUGCCUGGGCACCUGCUGGGCCCUGUGCCCCUUCAGACAGGCCUUGAGUCUAAAGUGAGCCCCAGUCACCAGGCUCUCCUCCAGCACCUCCUCCAGAAGGAGCAGAUGAGGCAGCAGAAGAUGCUCUCCACUGGCCAAGGCUCCAUGUCAUCGCACCCUCAGUCCCCUCUGGCCAUGAAGGAUCGCCCCUCCAGUAGUCGGCCUAAACUACCAAAACACCGGCCCUUGAACAGGACCCAGUCUGCGCCGCUGCCUCAGAACACACUGGCCCAACUUGUCAUCCAGCAGCAACACCAGCAUUUCCUGGAGAAACAGAAACAGUACCAGCAGCAGGUCCAUAUAAAUAAGCUGUUGUCCAAGUCCAUUGAGCAGUUACGUCAGCCCAGUGCACACCUGCAGGAAUCAGAGGAGGAGCAGGAGGAGCAGCACAGAGAGCAGACGGAGAGCAUGCAGGAGGACAGGCUGCCCCCUGGAGGAGUCAUCCGGAAGCACACGCUGAGCAGUAGCAGCAGCAGUGGCUCGAGCGGCGAGCUCCCCGACUCUCACUACGGGGUCAUCAAGGUCAAGGAGGAGCCGGUUGAUAGUGAGGAUGAGGCCCUGACCAAUCAAAGCUUAGAGUCAGAGCAGAGCACCUAUCUUCACCAGGUCAAAGGAAGACUGGUGAUAAGAGCCGUGAUCUGAGAGGGAUGAGAUCACACACUCGCAACAUUCGCAGAUAAACAAGUCUCUACAAACAUGCACAUCUACAUCCUUGCAGUUUACACACACACACACACACACACAUUUACACACACACAGCAGCAGUUGCACAGUAGGCCAGCUCUCCCUGUCACGACAUACGACCCCUUUACACUCAGCUGCAGCCUUGCUCGUCCCACACUCUAAGACUCUCUGUUUGUGAUCUUUGUGUAGUGAUCUCUGUAAAAUAUGUACGUUUCACUUUUGUGUAUAUAAUAUGAAGGCAAUUUAGACCGAUCUUUUUAAGAGUUGCUUUGGUCGUCUCGUGUCCGCUCAACUCACAAAAAGUUGUAUGUACAUAUACUGUGGAUUUAGCACCAAAGGUGGUUUGUAGAGGGAAGGUUGAACAGGUGUACAGCUUUGAAGAGCCAACUUAUGUUCCCAUUAUGUACAUUUUUUGCCAUAAAAUAUUUGAAUGCUCUUCUAUCCACAUCAACUUUGCUAGUUAUCAUAAAGCCCUCACAGUGUGUUAAAGAAUUUAAAACAUUACAAACUCCACGGUUCUCAAACAUCUGUGAUGAUCUUCCAUGUUAAGUGGUCUCAGAACUGAAAUAAUAAUGAACAUCUGUCUUAGAGAGAAUGUAAACUUAAAUCUUAACAGGGGAUGCUCCCUUAGGGCAGACUUUUGCGUUAGGAGUGAUAUUGCCAUUGGAAUAUGGUCCACUGCUCAUAUUGCAAUUUGAAGGAUAAAGCACUAAAUCCCCGCUUGGGUGUGCAGGUAUCUCCCAUCACACCCCGAGUCUCUCUGUCUCUCUCUCUCAUUGCAGUCCCAGAGCCAGGGCCCUGUGUUAAGUCGAGCUCUCCUCCCUCUCUCCCUCUGGGUCCAAAUCAAAGCUCGGUGGGUUCCUGCCCAGCUUUCAGCAGAGGAGUCAGACAGAGAGAAAGAGAGAGAGGGCCGGGCAGGAAAUGCCUUCUAGAAGCCAGGACUUGGAGUGAUUCAUGUGUGCAGGAAUGUUGAGAGAGGAGGACCUAGGGUUGGAGGAGUCCAAGGGGCCAGGCUUGAGAAUUGAUUUACUGUCAAGGCGAAUUACAAAGUGAGUGGGGAUAUGGUUAAGGGAGUCCCUUUUAAAGGGAAUCGCUUCCUUUGUAUUCCCGAGUGGCAUGCUUACCUCAACAUGCAGGUUUGAUGUUACUUCAAUAAAAAAACCCUGGAUGGGACCUUGCUUCUUUUUUUUUUUUUUGGAGCCUGUUUUCCCCUGAAAGUGCCCAUUGCGACAUGUAGAGUCUGUCUUAAAGUCAAAUGUAUUGCAUAGCCGUAAACCUUCCUGUUGCAUUUGUACCGUCGACUAAAUGUAAAAAAAGCUAGUAUUAGGUUCUGUGUUUGGAUUCAUGUGAAAAUCAAAACUGUCUGUCUUAUACUGUACAUUCACAUUGUCCGGUUUUAAUGUUUUUAGUGUAAGUAAACACAAUCAGAACAAUGUGAGUCUUGUUGUCUUGCUCCUUUGAUUUGGUUGUAAGGAGAACCCCUUUGCUGCCAGUGGGGGGUGGAGGGGGGUUGGGGGUCCUGUGGUCUGUUCAUAGCAGUUUGCAUUUCUUCUCUUUUUUUGCCUUGUGUGAUAAACCUUUCUUUUUUUAAAUAAAGUUCAUUUACCUCUUC